AUGCCGCUUCUCAAACUGCUGCGGGCCGUCGAUGGCCGGGGUUGGGCCCCAUCUCCGAAUGCGACCUCACCUCCGAAUGCCCCCCCCCCCCCCUCAGGCCCCAGGCCGGGGCCGGGGCCGGGGCCGGGGCCAGUCAGUUUGCAUUUCCCAGCCCUGAAGGUCGCUUACUUCGCCCGUGAUGUCUCCAGUUGGGGAACCCAGGGAAAGCGCAGCUCACGCACUCUUCCUGGCGCAUCCCCUGCGCUCGAUCCUGCGUUUGUUCCCGCUCCAGGGAGGCGAGGACCCCCCCUGAUCUGGCCGCGCUCGCCCUUGCAGCUACCCGGCGUCUGCUCCCUCGGCCUGCGCCAGGGGCGGGUCGGAGAGGCAGGGGGCGUCCCCCGCGCCCGGGGGUUGCCAAGCAACCUGACCCUUGGUAGAUCCCGAGCGGCGCGGAGCCCGCGGAUUGGUGCGCGGCGGGGCAGGCGGGGCGGCGACGGCUUAAAGACAGUGGCGCUGGCUCCUCGCGUCCUCAGCCGCCGUGAGUUCAGGUCUGCACGGGUGAAGGCCCGUUUCUACUCUGCAUCCUCCUCAGAAGCUGGCUGUCCCCGGAUCUUGAUUACAGGUGGCCUUGGCCAGCUGGGAGUGAGCCUCGCUAGCUUUUUGAGGAAACGAUUCGGGAAGGACAAUGUCAUUUUGUCGGACAUAAAGAAACCCCCCGAUUAUGUCUUCUGUAGUGGCCCGUUUGUGUUCGUCAACGUCUUAGACCUCGAGAACCUCCGUAGGGUCGUGGUGAACAAUCGCGUUACCUGGAUGCUGCACUACAGCGCCCUGCUCAGCGCUGUGGGCGAGGGGAAUCUGCACCUGGCCAAAUCCCUGAACAUCGCUGGAUUGCACAAUGUUCUGGAUGUUGCGGGAGAGUACAACCUGCGCCUGUUUGUUCCCAGCACGAUUGGGGCUUUUGGACCUACCUCUCCCCGGAACCAAACCCCUGAUCUCAGCAUCCAGAGACCCAGGACCAUCUAUGGGGUGUCCAAGGUCCACGCGGAGCUCAUGGGGGAAUAUUACUGUUACCGGUUCGGGCUAGAUUUCCGCUGCCUGAGAUACCCCGGCAUCAUUUCAGCUUCCUCCCAGCCUGGAGGAGGAACCACAGACUACGCCAUCCAGAUUUUCUAUGACGCGGUGAAGAGCGGCAAGUUUGAGUGCUACCUGGGACCCAGCACCAGGCUCCCAAUGAUGUACAUAGAUGACUGCAUCCGGGCCACUCUGGAGUUGAUGGAGGCCCCGGCAGAGUCUUUGUCCAUGAGGACCUACAAUAUCAAUGCCAUGAGCUUCACGCCUGCGGAGCUAGCCCAGGAGAUCAGCAAGCAUGUACCUGAGUUCCGUAUCACGUACCGCGUGGACCCUGUCCGGCAGGCCAUAGCCGACAGCUGGCCCAUGAGCCUGGACGACAGCACAGCACGCAAGGACUGGGGGUGGAAGCACAACUUUGAUCUUCCAGAGUUGGUGACGAUGAUGCUGAACUUGCAUGGUUGUGACACCAGAGUGGCCCGAAUCAGCUGACAGUGUCAGAGGAGCACUGCCCAGGUCCUGCAUGGCCACAAGGGACAAAGCCUCUGCUCCAUUCUCAGACCCAGGCCACUCUCAGAGGAACUGCUCCAAACCUUCUGAUCUAACUCCUGUGUAGACAUUCAAGUCCCUGCUCAGCUACCUCCAGAAGCCACCAGUCAGAGCCCCUGUGAUGGAUCUGUGUGGCUGUAUAUGAUGAUGGUCAUGGAUUAAAAGGCAUUUGUACUGUGUCAGUGACAAUAAAUCAAUUGUUAUGCAUUUGGAA